AUGCACUUUGCAAGCAAAGCCCAUGGCCAAAUCCCCUUCGCCGCCCCCAACCACGCUGGACUGGCGGACUGUGCGCUCGACGAGCCAGGGGGUCCAGCGUGUUUCACGGUCACGGGGAAACCUUCUGGGCCGGCCAUUCCAAAGACUUCCGUCGCCCUUCCAUUUUGCGCCUCCGCCGCCGUAGCCCCUGCUCGGUCUACGCACCCCCGGCGGACCCGCACUUCUGGUAACGGACCGCCUGUUGCUGGUCGAAGAAACUCCGGUGUCUCUCGCACCUUACAGGGGUCCUCGGCCAGGGGCGCUGGCCUGGCGCCUGUCGAGAAGCUCGCCUUUGCCAAUAUAUAUGCGCAUUCCCAUCCCGUUCUUCAACUUCAUCACAGUCCAUCAGCGACCAUCACCAUCCUUCAGUCUAUCUAUCCAGCUUCUGCUUCGCUUCCAUCACUCGUCUAUCCUCUAGACCUUCAAGCUUUGUGCUACUCCUUCACGAGACCUUUGACAUCGUCUUCUUCGCCAUCACUCCCGCACUCUCACCUUCAACAUGCCUCGACCAUACCAACUUCCUUCGCAGCUCCCACCCUGCCCAGGUCCUCCACCUUCAUGUCCUCUACCUCCUCUUCCAAAGAAGGUCCGCAACACUCGUCAACAGGCUGCUGGCAAGCCCAUGAACUAGACAACUCGCCUCUAUCUCUAUACACACACACACACACACACACACACACACACACACUAUGCUCGUGCACUAGCAUCUUGGCUAUCAUCAACAGCCUCAAGGCUCACAGUCUCUACCAUCUCGACUUGGGCGCCGAUCUGCCUACUGUCAUCCACCUUACAACUCCCAACUACAUGGCCUGUCGCUAUCCUCCAAAAACACACGCAGCCGAGCUGGCUCGGAUACAGCAGACUACACAAGACUACCCAUGA